AUGUCGGAGGCUUCCGGCACGCAGCUUCACGUACACGAGGAGACCUGGCUCGCCGUCCUGCAUGGACGCAAGGCGUGGUGGAUCGCUCCUGAAGAACCAUCAGAGGAGAUUCUCCGCGAGGAGCAUGCCAACGCUCGUCACCCCUGCCAAUGGCUCGAGGAGAGUCCCCCAGCUGGGCUUCGGUUUUGCGUGCAGCAGCCCGGCGAGGUUAUCUACUUCGGGCCGAGGCUCCAUGCCACCUGCAACCUGGAUCCUUUCGUUUUCGGCAUUGGCGCACAGGGACGCCUCCCGAAGAUGACGGCCCUGGAGCGUGCGAUGCAUCGCGGACAAACUGCUCUCGCAAAGGAAUUCUUGGCACAGAACCGGCAGCUUUCGCCUGCGCAGCUUCACAAGGGGCUGAGCCAUGCAACCGAGUAUGGCUACACGUCUAUGGUGGCGCUCCUCGCUGAUGUGCGAGCAGAUUUGCAAGCGCCUCUGGAGGAUGGUAAGCCGCCGCUUCACAGUGCAGCUGAGAACGGUCAGCUGGAGGUUGCGCAGCUUCUCCUGGAGCGCCGGGCCGACGUUCGCACGCGAGAUGCGACGCGCAAGCAGCCAUUGCAUCAUGCUGCCUACAAUGAUGCAGGUCCAGUGGUCGACCUGCUGAUCCAGAAGCGUGCAUCCUUAAAGACGCUCGACGAGCGGGGCCUGGCCCCGUUCGGCUCUGCAGCAGACGGUGGCUACCCUGCCCUGCUGGAAGCCCUCCUGCGCCGCUUUUCGCCAAAGUCAGCGAAAGGCUACGAGAGUGCCGCCAUCCAUGCGGCUAGCAAAGGGCAUCUCCCCGUGCUGAAGAAGCUCCUGGAGUGGAGGGUGGAUUUGACUCGCCCUGCUGGAGGAAGACAGCUCGCCGACCACGCGGAGUUCUACCAUCACACAUCAGUCGCUCGGUUCCUGCGCAGCUUGGAGGACCUCUCGAGGCCUGCCCAGAAGGCAGGCAAGGGCCAGGCGAUCAACAAAUCCCUGUUUACCCUCGGACAGGUGAUUUCGCAGCUUUCCCAAGGCAAGGCCGAGAGGCAUAUACCCUACCGGAACUCCAAGUUGACGCAGCUGCUUCAGGACAGCUUCGGCGGUUCAGCUCUCUGCCUUAUGGUCACUUGCAUCUCGCCCGCUGCGGCUUUCGCAGAGGAGUCAGUGAACUCGCUCAACUAUGCGCAGAAGGCCAUGAACAUCCAAAAUACUCCGAUCCUGCAGCUGGAUGAGCAUCAGCGCGUCUUGCAAGAGCUCCGGUCAGAGAAUGCAAAUCUCCGGCGAGAGCUCGAAGGCUAUCGCCACCGCUACGGGGACCUCUCGUCUCGCGGCUACCUGUCUGACAACGUCGGCACGGAGCUCCCGGCCGAGUCACCCAGCGAGACCUCUUCUCCUCAAGAACCGAAGCGCGAACUGGCUUCACGUGGCCACAGCCUUCCGCCGGACUUCUCCCCCCAGGUACCGAGACCUCCAGCUCCCGCACCGGCAAGCACCAAUCUGCCGUCGCCGGUGUCGGCACGCAGCGGCUCUGGUGGGACGCGGGAGUUCAUUGCAGAGAUGUAUGAUGUGUUGCGCUUCCUGGAAAAGGGCGAGAAAGAUGCUGCCAAGCACCAAAGCAGUGCUCAUGCCAUCGUCAGCUGCACCCUCCUGUAUGUUGCAAUGUCCGCUGUGGGCAUCCUCGCGGACUACCUCCUUCCUGGCUCGGACGACGACAAGCUGCCGCAAUCAAGAUGGGCUGUCUGGCUGCUUCUGGGGUACUGGAGCUGGCUGGUACUCCUUCGACUUCGUUGCGAAACCGCAAGCAUAGCCCAGGACGUUUACCAGCUUAUGUUUUCCUGCAACUUUGCCAUGCCUGCCGCGGCACUCGCUAUCUUCCUGCACCGCCCGGUCCUGCUGUGCGCACAAGGUAUUUUAGUGGCCAUUGACCAAGUCCUCUGGUAUGUCGACCUUCUUGGCUAUUUGCUGCUGGGAAAGCUGCCGCUCAAAGUGGUCGGCUACCUUCUGUGGCCAAGUACGCCGCUGUCUCGGCGCAUCUCCUGCGUACACCACGUGCUGUUUGAGCCGCUGGUGAUUCUCGUGGGCUGUCAAUGCCGAAGCCUUCCAGUCGGCCGGGCCUUCCUAGUCGCUUUGGCACAGACCAUAUGCUGCCAGGUCAUCUGCCGCUUCACCACGCCACUGGAAGUCGUGGGGUCGAAGGGGGAGCUCUGCUAUUUGAACAUCAACCUUUGCUACGAAGCCUUUCGAGACGUCAAGCCCGCGUGCAUCCGGAUCUACGACCGCGCAGCGCCCAUCAAGUACCUUCCCUGGAUGCUCUGGAUCUGGAACGCAGGCAAUUUGGUGCUUUUCCUGCUGCUGGCCUAUCUCAUCAUCCUGCCACUCCGGUGGUUCGGCCUCGCGCCUACCACAAGCAACGCCGGAGAUGGGUGCGAAAAAGUGAACAGUGCUCGCGGCAGCUAUGCUAUGGCAGCUGUGAAGCGUCAACAGCUGAGACAGCCACCGAGCUUGCCAAGGCCCAGCAGAGGUCAUGGAAAGCAGUUGCCACCGCUCCCGAGUCGAGGUUCCACCCCUCAGAGUGCACCGCAGAGUGCAACUGCGGUGAGCUCCUCGGCAAGCCAGCGGGAACCAGCACAGGUCCAGUGCGUUCAAUCCGACACACCCUCAGCGUGGCACAGCCGAAGGCCCUCGAAGCCUAUUCGAGCGCUGCCGCCUUCUUCCCCAAACUCGGAGGAGUCGCGGCACCCGGAGGGCCCUGGCUUUCCACCGACGAUUUGCGCGCCACCGCUCUCGAAGGCGAUUCGGAGCCAUUCACGCAGUGACGUCCCAGCGCCACUCACAGCCGAGCAGCUGGAGCACCUGGAUCGCGCCCACUGGAGCGAGUGGCAGAUGGACUUCAGAACGUCCACAGCCAGCAACGCGGUAAGCCGCGGUUCCAGCAGGCCCGCCUAUCCAGAGGACGGACUUCGCCGAACAUCUCGGACGGACAGCUCUUCGAGCUCUUCGUCGCUUUCCCCGGCAAGUGGGGCAGGCAGCCUCGCCAUGCCACUGGCGCAACUUCCGGAGGCGCCACGGCGUGAUGAGAUGGACCCCACAGCCAUUCGCGACACUGAUCCGGAUGCAGGCGAUGGAACCUCCACCGCCAGUGAGACGCCGGUGGACAAGGCAGCUGUGGGGGACGACCGGUAUCUUUCCGAGCUCUCAGAGCUCAACCUGAAGCUGGCGUCCAUGCAGCAAGCGACAAACGCAUUGGCUUGUGAAUGCGAGCGGCUCCAUGCACCGGACAGUCGCGGAAAAGCUUUGAUGGAACUCUCGGGAUCCCCGGACUUGCAGGCCAGGAUCACCCAGUACUUCGCAAGACGGAGGCGGACCAUGUUCUACUUGGACCAUUAUCGAUUCCAGUACAAGUUUCGGCGUGAGCAUCUCGACCGGCGCAAGUACCAGGAGCCCAUCUACGCUGAGAACUACACGACGCCGGAGUUUCGUUAUCCAGGAUUCUGGCCGGGAAAGUUCGGCUAUCCUCAAACCCGGGUGAGCGUGGAGGCUGCCCCACUUCUGGCUCCUGGCACAGACCUUAAUGCAGGAUGUCCCGUGACCAUCCGUGCCCGCCGUUUCACCGUCCGUAAGACCCUCGGAGAAUUCCUUGCGGCUGGGACAAGCAAUCUUCCGGCUUGGUUGAGGCAGGCUUCCCCAUGCAGCGACAUGUCGAUGGACUUGCAAGCCAACCCAGUCAAUGAGAUCCUUUAUGUGAGCUUUAACCAGGAUUUCACCUGCUUCGUCUGCGGGACCGAGAGCGGAUUCCGUGUCUACAGCGCGGACCCUUUCCACCUCACUUUCAGACGAGAUUUCGAGGAUGGCAGCGGCUUGGGAGUCGUUUGUAUGCUGUUUCGGACGAACAUCUUGGCCUUCUCGGGGGGCGGAAAGAACCCGCGAUUUCAACCCAACAAGGUCGUCCUGUGGGAUGAUCGGCACACCAGGGUCAUGGCGGAGCUCAGCUUCAAAACGACGGUGAAGUCGGUGAGGCUGCGACGCGACCUGGUUGUUGUGGCCACUCUGAAUAAGGUGUGGGUAUAUGGCUUGAAGACUUUGAGCCUCAUGGACUCAAUCGAGACCACAGAGAACCCAAAGGGUUUGUGCUAUCUUUCGUCUGGAGAUCGCAUCGUGCUGGUCUGUCCCGGCAGACAGCAGGGCAGCGCUCUGGUGGUGUUUUACCCCGAGAACUACGGAGACCCGUCUGCACCGGGGGAGAGGGAGCGAACCAUCAUCAAGACUGCUCACGACUCGCCCAUUGCUGCCAUAGCCUUGGAUGCAAGCUGCUCCCUCAUUGCGACGGCAUCAGAGAAGGGAACGAUUGUUCGGGUGCACGAGUUGCAGCGCGACGGUUUGGCGCAGGAACUGCGAAGAGGCUUGGACAGAGCAGAGAUCCACUCGCUCACCUUCUCUCCGUCAGGCGAGUAUUUGGCCGCCUCCUCGGACAAGGGAACGGUGCACAUCUUCGCCAUUCAGCGGCCAGGAGGCGGCACUUCUGCGGCCUUUGGCUACAGCGCGGAGGCUGGAACCUCCAAUGCGAAGUCCAGCCUGCAGAGACUGUCGCGGGUUUUGCCUGCCUACUUCUCCUCGGAGUGGAGUCUGGCGCAGUUUCGCGUCCACGACUACCGCUACAUUGCAGCAUUCGGUGUUGAUCCGCACACGGUCAUCAUCGUAUGCGCGAACGGCUCCUACUACAAGGCUCGCUUUGACCCGGUGAAGGGGGGCGAGAUGGUGCGCGAGGAGUACCAUCAGUUUGAUGACGCCUCUGCCGGCAGCGGCGGCGCUGCCACCAAGGCCCGGGAGCCAGAGGAACCGGAGGCGGAGCCGAGCCAGGUCGCCCAAGAAUCCAGUGGUGCUCGAGGCAGUCAGUGCAGCGAGUGA